AUGUACUUGAAGCCAUUGUCUGAACACAAGGUCGUCAACCAAGAAAAGUUAGAGUUGACAAAACUAAUGUUCGGUGGUGGACCAUUCAGUGGCUUUUAUGGUUCUUUAGAAGGAGACUGGCCAUUACGAGCCGUACAACGGGCCUUUGAACUAGGCAUAAACGGCUUCGACACAAGUCCAUACUAUGGUGACAGCGAAAUAAUACUAGGCGACGCAUUACACGCACUGGGUCAUAAAUAUCCACGAAAUACAUACUACAUUGCUACCAAAGUAGGUCGCUACGGUCCCCUGAAAGGUGAUUUUGAUUAUUCAUCUGAACGCGUGGAAAAGAGCGUGAAUGAUAGUUUGGCGCGAUUGAAGACGGAGUAUUUGGAUAUUGUGUUUGCACAUGAUGUGGAGUUUGUCGAUGUGGAGGAUGUGGUUGGCAUUAAUGGUGCUCUGUCGAAAUUAUUUGAAUUGAAGAAAAAAAAGAAAAUUCGAUAUGUAGGGAUAAGUGGUUAUCCACUUGACGUAUUGCUUAAAAUUGCCAAAAUUCAACACGAUCGUCACCAACCUAUAGACAUCAUCCUCUCAUAUUGUCACUACACACUACAAAGCACAUUACUUGUCAACUACAUUCAGAAAUUUCGUAAAGAAGCAGAAGUUAAAUACGUGUUGAAUGCUUCACCAUUAAGCAUGGGUCUAUUACGUAAUAAGCCUCCACCAAAUUGGCAUCCAGCAUCCACGGAACUAAAAGAAGCUGUUAAAAAAUGUGCAGAGAUCGCAACUAAUGAAUAUCGGCAAAAUAUUUCUAAAUUGGCAGUGCAGUUUUCAUUGGGGUAUGAUGAGGUAGAGACUACUGUUAUCGGAUUUUCAAAUAAUCAGGAGGUAGAAGAAUCAGUGGCGUGGUUGCACGAAAUUGAAUCGCCCAAGCUUAAUGAGAAUACUAUAAUGCAAACACAACUACUUGAUAAGAUUAAGGAUAUUUUGGCUCCGCAUUAUAAUCAGUCUUGGGCUUCACCACCGCCUGAAUGA